AUGGUGAAGAUGAUUGACAAGGUGAAGAUGAUUGACAAGGUGGAGAUGAUUGACAUUGGUCAUCCAUUCUUCUACCGGGAUGGGUGUACCAGCCCAGAUCACAGUCACCAGGGAGGGGUGUACCAGCCCAGAUCACAGUCACCAGGGAGGGUUGUACCAGCCCAGAUCAGUCACCAGGGAGGGGUGUACCAGCCCAGAUCACAGUCACCAGGGAUGGGUGUACCAGCCCAGAUCACAGUCACCAGGGAGGGGUGUACCAGCCCAGAUCACAGUCACCAGGGAGGGUUGUACCAGCCCAGAUCACAGUCACCAGGGAGGGGUGUACCAGCCCAGAUCACAGUCACCAGGGAGGGUUGUACCAGCCCAGAUCACAGUCACCAGGGAGGGGUGUACCAGCCCAGAUCACAGUCACCAGGGAGGGGUGUACCAGCCCAGAUCACAGUCACCAGGGAGGGGUGUACCAGCCCAGAUCACAGUCACCAGGGAGGGGUGUACCAGCCCAGAUCACAGUCACCAGGGAGGGUUGUACCAGCCCAGAUCACAGUCACCAGGGAGGGGUUGUACCAGCCCAGAUCACAGUCACCAGGGAGGGUUGUACCAGCCCAGAUCACAGUCACCAGGGAGGGUUGUACCAGCCCAGAUCACAGUCACCAGGGGGGGUUGUACCAGCCCAGAUCACAGUCACCAGGGAUGGGUGUACCAGCCCAGAUCACAGUCACCAGGGAUGGGUGUACCAGCACAGAUCACAGUCACCAGGGAGGGGUGUACCAGCCCAGAUCAGUCCUCCCAACUAACACACCCACUGUCCUCCCAACUAACACACCCACUGUCCUCCCAACUAACACACCCACUGUCCUCCCAACUAACACACCCACUGUCCUCCCAACUAACACACCCGCUGUCGUCCCAACUAACACACCCACUGUCAUCCCAACUAACACACCCACUGUCGUCCCAACUAACACACCCACUGUCCUCCCAACUAACACACCCACUGUCGUCCCAACUAACACACCCGCUGUCCUCCCAACUAACACCCCAACUAACACACCCACUGUCCUCCCAACUAACACACCCACUGUCCUCCCAACCAACACACCCACUGUCCUCCCAACUAACACACCCACUGUCCUCCCAACUAACACACCCGCUGUCGUCCCAACUAACACACCCACUGUCCUCCCAACUAACACACCCGCUGUCGUCCCAACUAACACACCCACUGUCCUCCCAACUAACACACCCACUGUCCUCCCAACUAACACACCCACUGUCCUCCCAACUAACACACCCACUGUCCUCCCAACUAACACACCCGCUGUCGUCCCAACUAACACACCCGCUGUCGUCCCAACUAACACACCCGCUGUCGUCCCAACUAACACACCCGCUGUCCUCCCAACUAACACACCCACUGUCCUCCCAACUAACACACCCACUGUCCUCCCAACUAACACACCCGCUGUCGUCCCAACUAACACACCCGCUGUCGUCCCAACUAACACACCCACUGUCAUCCCAACUAACACACCCACUGUCGUCCCAACUAACACACCCACUGUCCUCCCAACUAACACACCCACUGUCGUCCCAACUAACACAGUCAUCCCAACUAACACACCCACUGUCGUCCCAACUAACACACCCACUGUCCUCCCAACUAACACACCCACUGUCGUCCCAACUAACACCCCAACUAACACACCCACUGUCCUCCCAACUAACACACCCACUGUCCUCCCAACCAACACACCCACUGUCCUCCCAACUAACACACCCACUGUCCUCCCAACUAACACACCCGCUGUCGUCCCAACUAACACACCCACUGUCCUCCCAACUAACACACCCACUGUCCUCCCAACUAACACACCCACUGUCCUCCCAACUAACACACCCACUGUCCUCCCAACUAACACACCCGCUGUCGUCCCAACUAACACACCCGCUGUCGUCCCAACUAACACACCCGCUGUCGUCCCAACUAACACACCCGCUGUCCUCCCAACUAACACACCCACUGUCCUCCCAACUAACACACCCACUGUCCUCCCAACUAACACACCCGCUGUCGUCCCAACUAACACACCCGCUGUCGUCCCAACUAACACACCCACUGUCAUCCCAACUAACACACCCACUGUCGUCCCAACUAACACACCCACUGUCCUCCCAACUAACACACCCACUGUCGUCCCAACUAACACACCCACUGUCCUCCCAACUAACACACCCGCUGUCGUCCCAACUAACACACCCACUGUCGUCCCAACUAACACACCCGCUGUCGUCCCAACUAACACACCCGCUGUCGUCCCAACUAACACACCCGCUGUCGUCCCAACUAACACACCCGCUGUCCUCCCAACUAACACACCCACUGUCCUCCCAACUAACACACCCACUGUCCUCCCAACUAACACACCCACUGUCCUCCCAACUAACACACCCACUGUCCUCCCAACUAACACACCCACUGUCCUCCCAACUAACACACCCACUGUCCUCCCAACUAACACA